UACAAUGAAAUCUAAAUGGAUAGGUUUUAAGCUUUUAUAAAGAGAUUCAUCAAUUAGAGAAUAUUUAACUCUAAUCCAGGAUCUUGUAAUAGAUUUUAAAUUUUAGACUAUAGAUGAAUAAUUUUAUAAUUAAGAUCAAAUGCUAAUGAAGAGAAAGGAAUCAGAGAAAUAAGAGCCUAAGUUGAAAAAAAUCUAAAUUUAUUUGCUAAAUUAGCUUAAGAAAGAAGUGAAGUAUUUAAUAAAUAUUAUAAAAUAGUGUUCUUCUUGUUAAAAAGGAGGGGAUUUAGGAGAAUUUACAAGAGGAUAAAUGCAAAAGUAAUUUGAAGAUGUUGCAUUUGCAUUAAAGGUUGGGGAAUUGAGUUAACCAGUAAAAAGUGAUUCAGGUUGGCACAUCAUUCUUAGAACAGAUUGAUGACAAUUAUUAUUUCAACGAC